AUGGCCAGAAAUAGUAUCAAAUUUGAGGAGGCUAAGCCUGAGGUGAAUGGGAUUGCUCACAACUGCCUUAUCAAUAUCCAGAAACUGUCAAAGUACAGGAAGUUCCCUGAUAUUCUGACUUAUCCUGCUUUGUGUGCUCCUAAGUUUCCUAAGUUUUCUUUGGUUUGUUGGCAGCCUCCACAUUUGGAGUGGGUGAAAGUUAAUACUAAUGGUAGUUACCUUGCCUCUCAUGCUGGUAUGGGGGGAAUUUUCAGAGAUAGCUAUGGAGCAUGCCUUUUGUUCUUCCAUUCUCCAGUUAUGGAUGAGGACCCCUUGGAAGCAGAAGCACAGGACAUUUUCUGGGCCAUAUCCCUUGCAAGGAAGUUGGGUAUAAGGAAUCUUUGGCUUGAAUCUGAUUCUCUUAUCCUUAUCAAUAUUCUCAAUAGACUCUUGAGCAGUCCUUGGAACCUGGUUUAUUAG